AUGGUUUUCCGUUCUUCAUUAAUUUUCAAAAAUUAUUUUUUUAAAAAUAUCCCCAAUUUUGUUCAAACCUCAAUAAGAAAUAUUUCUGUAUUUACACCAAUUAUUGAAAAACCGGAAACUACUUUAUUUUUAAAAAAAGUUGAAGAAUGUUUUAAAUCUGUAAAAUCUGGACAAAGUAAAGUUGUAUUUUCUUCAUCUGAUAUUUCAUAUUUUGAAAAUAUUUUAAGUAAACAUAAAAAUUAUCUUGACAAAAUCAAUGAAAUUAAAGAAUUAUCAUUAAUAAUCAAUUCAAAUGAUGCUGAUAAAGAUAUAAUUGAAAUAGGAAAAAGUGAAAUUUUAAAAGCUAAUGAAGAUUUAGAUAUUUGUACAGAUGAUCUUGCAAAAUCGAUAGUACGAAAAACAGAGAUUGAUACUUUAUCAAAUUGUCAAUUAGAAUUUUCAUGUGGAACUGGUGGUACUGAAGCUAUGAUGUUUACAAUGGAAUUAUAUAAUAUGUAUAUGAAUUUUUGUAACUAUAUGAAUUUUACAUGGACACCAAUUCAAUUUGAUGAUGUAUCGUCUGCUUCAUUAAGAUCAGCUGUUGUUCUUGUUAGUGGUGAUUUAAGUUAUGCAACGUUACGUUUUGAAGCUGGUGUUCAUCGUGUUCAAAGGAUUCCCUUAACUGAUAAAAGUCGGAUUCACACAAGUACAACAAGUUUGGCUAUUUUACCAGAACCAGAAGAUCAUAGUGUUAUCAUUAAAUCUUCUGAUUGUAAAAUAGAAUCAAUGAGAGCUUCAGGUCCUGGUGGACAAAAUGUUAACAAACGUUCAUCAGCUAUUCGUAUAACACAUUUACCAACAAAUAUUUCUGUUCAUGUAAUGGAUGAACGUUUUCAACAUUUAAAUUUACAAACUGCAUAUAAACGGUUAGCAGGUAUAUUGUUACAACAAAAAUUAGAUUCAGUAGUUGAUAAAACGUCAUCUACCAGAAAAUUACAAGUUGGUACAAAAGUUAGAUCUGAAAAAAUUCGAACAUUUAAUUUUAAAGAUGAUCGGGUAACUGAUCAUCGUUUACGUAAAUCUGUUGGUAAUUUAAGAGAAUUCAUGAAAGGUAAUGAAAUGUUAGAAGAAUUUACCAAUGAUUUAAAUAAUUUACAUAUAAUGGAAAGAUUAGAGAGUGAAAUUUAUAGAGAUGAUAUUUGA